UCUGCUUUACCGUACGGAGUUAUUAUAAUUUUCUGUGCUUCGGCGGAUUUUGGAUUUCAGCUCAUUGUAAACUCGGAAUAUGUUGAAGCUAGUACGGAGAUACCGUCACAAAUCUACUGACGGUCACAUUAAAGACAAACUCGGCCAGGAGCUGUUCGUAUUCAACAAGACUAUCGAACAUGGAUUCCCGCAUAAACCAAGUGCUUUAGCUCACGAUCCCAAACUUCAUUUACUCGCCAUUGGAACAGAAGACGGAACACUGAGAAUCUAUGGAAAACCUGGCGUACAACUAACAGCAUGCCAUCAAAAUGAAACAAGAAUACAAGAACUACACUUUCUCCCAGAACAGGGAAGAAUCAUCAGUGUAUGUGAUGAUGGCGAACAGAACAGCAUCCAUCUAUGGGAGGUCAACAAAAAAGAAGGAAAGUCAGUUCUUGAAGAAGUCAAAACCUGCACGCUGGAAGGACGAUUGAAAAAGAUCUCUGUCUGCUCAUUGUCAAUGAAAACAAACCGUCUGCUUCUUGGUACUGAGGGUGGCAACAUCUACUUGCUGGACAUAAACUCGUUUGAGCUGCAGGACUAUGUUAUAUACCAAGAUGUUGUUAUGCAAAGUGUGGAAGAGGAAAAUAAAACUAAUGCAGGAUCUGUUGAAGCUAUUCAAGAACACCCAGACGAUUCAAACAAGAUUCUGAUUGGCUACAAGAAAGGCCUCAUUGUUCUCUGGAACCACGAAUCAUGCAAUGUCCAACAUACCUUUCCCAACUCWAUCGACCUUGAAAGCAUUAGCUGGAAUAACGARGGCUUGAAAUUCAUCAGCUCACAUGCUGAUGGCAGUCAAAGUAUCUGGAGUGUUGGKAGUGAAAUUAUCACAACAGAAGAAACAUCUACUCCUUUUGGUCCUUUCCCUUGCAAAGCCAUCACUAAAGUUGAAUGGCAUGACAACUACAUUUUCUUUGCUGGAGGCAUGCCMAGAGCAAGRUAUGGGGACAAAAACUGUGUAUCGUUAAUGCAGGGGUCUACAACGCAAGUUGUGUUUGAUUUUUCAUCCAGAGUMAUUGAUUUCCUGGUUAUAGGAGACGGAGAUAAGCCAUGUUGUCUUGCUGUUCUCUGUGAACAAGAAUUUGUUGUAAUUGAUUUGAAAACCAAAGAACAAGGAUAUCCAACAUUUAUUCAACCUUAUCUGAUCUGCUUACAUUCAUCUCCAAUCACAACAUCAUACCACUUCCAUGGAUGUCCAAGUGAGCUGUGGGACCAGAUCAUCAAUGCUGGCAAAGAACAAAUGAAAUCUGAGUACUCUGUUGAGGCAUGGCCGGUGUGUGGUGGAAAYUCUCUUCUUGAUGACACACAUGAUAAAAACAUGUUGAUCACAGGUCAUGAAGAUGGAUCAGUUCGAUUCUGGGARGUCUCYCAAGUCGACAUGCAGCUUAUCUACAGCRUGAACACUUCCAAGCUCUUUGUCAGCGACCARGAAGCGCAUGACAAUGGWGCACAAGAAGUUGAAGAGGAGGGCUGGCCACCAUUCAAGAAAGUUGGAAACUAUGACCCUUUCACUGAUGACCCACGCUUUGCCAUUCAGAAGAUAUUGAUGUGUGCUGAGAGCAAGACUUUGGUCAUUGCUGGAAAUGGAGGACAGGUCAUAACCUUUAACAUCAGUGAUGAUGAUGGCAYUGUUGAACUGCAGGCAAUGGAGGUUGAUCUUGUUGAAGAUAAAGAAAAGCUCCAGUGGAAGGGACAUGGACCACUGACACCAAAGGAAGGRCAGAUUUCAGUACAACGUGGCUUUCAACCUAAACAUGCCAUUCAGGUAAUCCCUGCUGCUCCCAUUACUGCUCUUGCUUACCAGAACAAGUGGCAUGCACUGGCAGCUGGAACCUGUCAUGGUUUUGGUUUAGUUGACCUUGAAAGCAAGGAAGUGUCUACAACACAUUGCACAGUUUCUGAUGAAGAACUAUCAAACACAGGAGAGCCAAUWUCAAGAAAGAAGUCACUUAAGAAAUCCAUUCGAGAUUCAUUCAGACGUCUUCGCAGAAGCCGCAAAGGUACAAGYAAGAGAGACGAAACACCCAAGAAGGAAGGAGAAGGAGCAGAAGCAGCUUCUCCUGGAGAGCAAUCACCUCCUGUCCAACGUCUUGUACAUGAGAACCGUGUGGAUGAAACAGUAUUAAGUAUGGUUAGGUGUAUAUACUUCGUGGAUACAUUCCUAAAGGAUGGUGUUCACCAUGGGCCAUCAAUGUGGGURGGUACAAACGCUGGUCAAAUAUUUGUUUACAAUGUCACUGUUCCUGGGGAAGAUAAUGAUGUAGAAAAACUUCAAGCUGAGAUGGGAAAYGAGAUCAAACUUCGCCACAAAGCACCUGUGGUCAACAUCUUUGURGUUGAUAAAGAUGGCUUGCCAUUGUUGGGUGACUUUUCUGAAGAAGGUGCAGAAGCCAGCGGCCAGCAUUCCUUGGUCAUCUGCUCUGAGGAACAGUUCAAAGUUUUCAGCCUUCCUCACCUCAAYGCYCGUCAUAAAGAGAAGCUCACAGCUGUUGAUGGCUCUCGUGUCCGGAAGAUUGCUAURAUCAAUGCUCGUAGRAAGAAUGARGACUCUGGAAUGGUUUACCACUGUUUAGCCUGCUUAAGUAACCAAGGAGACCUCAGUGUUUACUCCAUUCCUCACCUCAAACUCCAGCUCAAAGUAUCAUGCAUGAAGAAAGAAGAUAUGAUUGCUAUUCAGUCACUUGUUUUUACAUCGUCCGGCCAAGGAUUCUACUUACGAUCACCAUCAGAACUACAGAGAUUCUCUCUCACUGCAAGUGACUUACUUACACCAGAAUGUGUUCUUGAACUUGCUGAGGGAAUGAGACCUCCAGAAGAAGUCGCUGUUGAAGUCACAGAAGYAGUCGAGAAGAAACGAAAAGAUUCUUCCUCAUCCUCGUCUUCAUCAUCAUCUUCAUCAGAUGAUGAAAAAGAUGAAGAAAAGAAAAAGGCCAAAAAAGCUGAAAAGAAGAAGAGAAAAGCAGAYAAAGCCGRCGCUGCAGCAGCAACUACAGCAGAAGUUGUUGUUGAYGAGAAGAAAGACGAGGCUGAAGACAAAGCAGAAGAAAAGAAAGAAGAAGUAGAAGAAAUUAAAGCUGAAAUAGAAGAUGUUGCUGAAUCAGAACCAACGUCUGGCGAAAUCGUGCUUAAAACAGGUGACGGCACAAGUGUCACAACUGAAGAAAAGGUUGAAUCCUCCACGCAUGAAACCUUUCARCAUCAGACAUCAAAUUCAGAAGAACGAGGAAUAAAAGAAGAAAAUGCCCUGCAAUCGGAAUCCCAGACAGUGGAAGAAACAGAAAACUCUAGAUCAGUAAUAACCACAAAGAGAAUGGUCACAAGCACGCGGGUUGUCAAGCAGACAACUUCUACUCGUAUUGUCAGCUCAGAGGGUGAAACAGUUGAAUCCAURGAAGGCUURCAAAACCUUCAGAUUCAAAAUGGAGAUGAAAAGAUUAACAAUGAUGCUGUCCAUGAUGAUAUGGWUGGACUUGAUUAUGACGAAGAUGCCUCAAAACGAAGGUCUAAGGGGAAAGGGUUCACAAGUCCAGGAAAAUUGAACACUAGGCGAUCAGCUGAAUUAGCCAAGAACACAGAGGAUCAGUAGGUCCUCCAGUCACUGUUUCUCUCAAUCCUUGUGCUACAAAUGCUAGAUAAAUUAUAAGUCGCUCACACUACUUGAGUACUCUCGACAGAGAGACAAAGUUGUGCCUUAGCAAAUACCCAGCAUCUGUAGCACGUUAAUAAGUAGGACUCAAAAGCUUAUGUUUUGGAUAUAUUUUAGCAAGGGAGCAUACGCUGGAGGACUAGCAAGCUAAGCACAUUUAAUUUUAUAAUAGAUAAUGUAGAUUAUAACUUGCAGACAUGCAGGAGGGGGAGUGCUGUGUUCAAAGACCCAGUGUGGUUACAUAACUUUAGAAGUUUGAUGUUAUAUUCAUGAAGCACUACCUUACAGCAUUCCCUGGGAAGUUUUUAACCAUGUGUAGCCAUGAAUACAUUAUUCAGUUUUAUUUUGAUUUUAAUGACUUGAUUAAUAGUUUUAAUAUACCCUUGGGAAUCACCAGACUUUCAUUACAGUUGGUUAAACAUGUUGCCAACAUUAAACUCUUAGUUUUUACAUUUAACCUGACAAUUGCUAAAGUGAAUUUUCUGUUAUACMUSAAAAAGAAUAGCUGAUAUCAUCAAGCGAACACACAKAUUUUUUGUGAAAUUGUACCAAUCUCUUUGUACUUAUUUGUGUUACUUAGUAAAUAGUGUUCUGUUCACUUUCAAAGGAUGCUUAAUUCCUCUUCACUGACAGAAUGUUACAAAUUUGUCCUACUUUGUUUUUGUAAAAUUUCACAAAUUACAUGUAAGUAUACUUAAGACAGAAGAAUAUCACUUUUUUCACAGGUUAAAUGCUUAGACUUGAGUGCUCCCAUUCACAGUUGUGUACUCAUUCACAAGUAGAGUCGGCAAUCGUCUCUUAGUAAUUCAUUCGCUUUGUGGUUUUAAAUCAUGAUUUUAUUUAGAUAUGACUUUUCCUGUGUUUUAUCUAAGUGUUUUUUUUAAAGGUUUUUUCUUAAAAUUUUAAGUUGUAGGAUAUUUAAUGAUUGUAGACUUUAAGUUCUAUUAUUUUAGAAUUCUUUUUAUGAAUGUAAGAAUAAAGUUGAUACUUACA